AUGGCUGAGAAUCCAACAAGUCCAAAGGAUCGCAUCAGCUUGACCCAGGAGGGCCGAAACUUCGUACGGCAGAUGUUGCAGAAGUUCGGAGAUGAAGAUGAUGGUCUGCCAGAUGCCCCACCACCACAGGACUUGCAAAGCUGGGCUGACACUGCAUACGUUGGGGCAGAGAAGGAGUUCCAGGUGUCCAAAGAGCGCCGGAAGCUCUUGCAUAACCAGAUUGACGUGCUGAACGCAAUGGGGCGAGGCUAUAGAUUGCUCCACAAUUCCAGAGGGGAUGGAAGGCAGCGCACGCUGAUUGUGAAAAAGGUCGCGCAGAAUGAAACUGGUGAUGCAGCAACCACCAUGAGUCCAGGGCUGGACCUGAGUCGAAUACUGAGCCAAUCGAAUGAACUCCAAGAUGAACACUCCAUGGAUUCUGCUUCUCCUGGCAGAACGUCUUCCGUGGCAGCCCCCACUGGUCCAGGCCACAGGUUGGGUGGUCAGCAAUCUGCUCAGGGAAAGCGAGAAGCGCAGGCACUGGCCGCUGAGCGACGAAUGUCUGUGAUAGCACGUCCAGCCAAGAGGCCCAGACUGAGCCUGCCAGCAACAGCAUCCACAAAGCAAGGUCCGCAGGGGAUCAUAUGGUGA